AUGGAAUAAACUUUAUUCAUCUCAUAAUAAGAAAUAGAACAAGUGACUAAAUAAAAAACUAUUAACAUUAAUCUUGGUGUUCUAGGACAUAUAGAUUCUAGUAUGACUUCUUUGGUUAAAAUAUUGUCGAAAGUUAUUCAAAUUAUUUAGGAUUGUAAUCGGAAAAACCACUAAUUGCAUCCAAAUUAAAUACAAAUUUAGAAGCAAAAAUAUGUAGAGUUAGCUUUUAUGGAAAUAUUUUACAUUCUUACACCAGAAUAUUUAGAAAGAAGACUAAAAAUGGAAAUUUAAAAAUGGUGAUUGACAAUUAUACUUUGCUUACUAAAGAUUUAUUUAAAAAAGAAACUAAAAUAGAUAUUUAUAUAGGAAAGAUUAUUAUAAUUAAAUAAGGGAAAUUUAAGGGAAAAUUGAUAGUGCAUUUAUUUGGAAAAACGUGAAAGUGAAAGUGUUUAUUGAGUCAGGAAUUAAUUAGGAUAUGAAAAAUGAUGAUGAUGUAGUUAAGAUUUAUAAAAAAUAUUUAUUUCAUAAAUGA